AUACAGACGAGAAUGAGGCUGUCAAAAAAGUAAAUAAGGAGUGGACAAUAAGAAAAAUCCCAAAAUUGCACUUUUGUGGCGCAAACGGCGUCCCUUUUUGUGGCUCAGACGGAAGCGGUGGUUGGCUAUGAGCAACAGCAACAAGAUUUUCUUGGUGCUAAUUGCAAUAUCCGGCGGUGCGCUUCUCAUCCUCUACAGCAGCAAUGAUCUCUUCGCCCGGCCUAUUUUGCGAACAUUCUUCCAGUCCCAACCUACGGGACCACCACAGCCUCAGGCACCCGAAGUGGCUGCUCUUGUGGACACAGCUGGGGAUAUAAAGCGCGUAAAGUACAUUCCAAAGGGAGAGAAUGUCACGGAGCACAACAUCUUCGUGAUCUACACGAAAGAGAACUACCUGCUGAAGACGAAGCUGGAGCUCUUCCUUAAGUCUCUCCUCAAGUUCACAACUAUCGACCUGCACCUCCAUAUCAUAACUGAUGAGAAGAGUGAGACGUCCGCGGAAACGGUGCUGAAGAAUCAGAUUAAUAAGUACCGGAAGAGGGUCUUCUACACCCUCUACGAUGUUGAAGAUUUUGCGGCCAAGAUCAAUGAUAUUGUUUACGUUAUGUUGCCAUUCUUCAGUUCCCACGCAGGUUCCUACUACAGCGAUGCCCUAUUCUUUCUCUCACUGGGUCUCCAUCGGAUUGUUGACCCAAAAAUGAAUCAGGCCAUCCUGAUUGACUGUGACGUAGUAUUUCGAACAGACGUAAAGUAUCUCUUUGAACAAUUCAAGAAGUUCACGCCUGAGAACCUCUUUGGACUGGCGCCUGAACUGACACCCGUCUAUCGGCACAUUCUCUACAGAUAUCGUGCAACAUAUCCCAAAAGUAGUUUCGGCAACCCCUACUACCUGUCAACCACAUCGCAUAGGAAGACGCAGAAAUACGGCUAUCCUGGCCUAAAUAGCGGUGUGGUUAUGCUGCAAUUCGAUCGAAUUCGCGCCUCAAAGCUCUACGCUGAAUCCCUGAAGUUUGAGAAUGUUAAACAACUCACGGAUAAGUAUUCAUUCAAGGGUCACCUGGGAGAUCAAGACUUCUUCACGUUGCUGGGCUACGAAUUCCCAGCACUGAUUUAUCGCCUAGACUGCAUUUGGAAUCGGCAGCUGUGCACGUGGUGGAAGGAGCACGGCUAUAGCGACGUGUUCGAUCAGUUCUUCCACUGCGAAGGUAAGAUUAAGCUCUAUCAUGGCAAUUGCAAUACAAGGGUGCCGGAAUAAUACUAAAAAACACGCGUUGUCCCUGCUCAUUGACAAUACUUUGCCUUUGCUCGCGUUUCUUUAUUCUUUUUAAGUUUUAUUUUUCAAACAUUUAUUGUGAUAAUUUAUUCGUAUUUCAUAUAGAAAGUAUUUCCCGUUCCUUAAACCCCUCAUGAGAGUCUCUCAAAUGUCUUCCCAUAAUCCGAAUGUAAAAAAAAUGGAGAAUGAGAAGAAAAUGUGCAAUUGAGGGAAAGUGAGAAUUUAAAAAAUUCUCAAUUUAUCAUGACAUGUACCAAACAGAGUAAAAUAUUCCAUUUCAAUGCCAUAAAUUUUAAGUAAUUGUUUUCAAUACUUAACCUGCUGGCCGCCAAGACCUUGGAGCUUCCUUAGAGCGCCAAGGUGGGGUCGUUGAACGACCCCAAGAAGGAAGUCGAUUUUCUCAUAAACUAUAAAACCGGGAACUGUCGGGUCACUACCUUUAGACUCCUUAUAUAGUCCUCUUGCCCCUUGCAUCACAAAUUCGCCACCCGGAAACACGCAGAAGAAGAUAUUAGGGAAAAACAUUUUUCACUCAUUUUUCACACUUUCUUCGUGAGAAAUUUGCCACGAAGUUGACCGCAACUGCUAUUUUUUUUCACUACUUCCCCACAUUCCCCUCACUUCCCGCACCGUGAUAAAUGGCAAUAUUUCUCGAAUAUUCUUUAUUGUUUUGCACAUUUAUAUGCUUCUAAUUAUGUUUUAUGUUGUUUAUGUUACUCAUUCGCGAUAAUUCUGACACUGAGAAGGUAAAGUGAGAAAGUAAACACAACCCUUCAACCCCCUUCAACCAUAUGAUUUAUGAUGUGACUAACUUCAUUCUGAGAAAUUUUCCGCAGCAUGGCCGUUACACCAAUUUUUGAAUUCCCUUCUUCUACAUUUUCCUUAAUAACUUUUCUUGUGGUGGACGGAUUGAGCUGAAAUUUUUACACAACCUCCUCAGAUAACCAAAGAACUUAUUUCCAAAAGAUGGGAAUGGUAUCUUUUAUAUUUAUUAAGUUAUAGCACGAAAUAUAGGGCUGGGGUCGUUCAACGACCCCGCUUGGCGGCCUAGAGGUUAAUGCAAUACCUGACUAAGGAGUAUUAUUAGAUCUAAGUACCUACAUAUUUUCAUUUUGUUUUAACUGAUAGUUUUAUUUUUUCUCUAAUUUUAUUGAUCAUUCCAAAUCUAAAAGACAGCGUCUAUUUUAACACUUGGAGGAUUCUUUGUUUUUAUACUCAAACUUUGGCCACAGUGGCCAGCAAAGUCCUCCUGGAUUAAAAUCACGACGAUUAAAUUAACAUAGAAACUUAUUUUUUAUCUCACUCACUAUUUUGCUUGGUUAUUAUAAAAAAAAAGUUUAAAAAAAAGUGCCAUAAUUUUUGACACUGCAAUAUUCACAAUUAUUUUAUUUAAAAAAACUACUUAACCGAUUCUAGUGAAAAUUUCCCUUUUCAAAUGACACUUAAAAAAAUGAAUUUUAACUCGUGUGAAAGACUCUGUGAACUAAGAUCUUUUGGCAGUACGUAACACGACUUUCAUAGUAUAGUGGGUUUAAUUGAUGGACUUUUUGAGUUUUAUACGGUGUAAGAUGAAGAUCUGAAUGCAAAAUGGUCUGCAACGUUCUUCUCGAUAUCCCGGUUUGUGUUGCGCGGUGCCGGGUUGAAGUCUUGGGGUUUUCUUGCACGCUUUUACUCACUAAUUGAAUAUUAUAAGCUGUUCUUACAAAGAUGUGUGUGAAGUAAGCGAAAAAAGUCAUCUCUGAAAUCGACUAUACUCAUCAACAUUGUAAAUCAUGAUUUUUUUACAUUAUUAACUCUAGCGCCCCCCGAUUUGGAGUCAGCUCCACCACUUUUGGCAUGAUAAAAAUUGAUUAUAUUUCUGAUCAUUUGGCGGUGGAAUUUUAAAAAUAUCUUAAUUCAAAAAAAAAAGUUAUAAGCAUUUAAUUUCGUGACUAUAUCGCACCGCCACCCUGUAUUAUAAUCUUAGACCAGCCCAUUUCUUGAAAAAAAUUUAAAUAAGGAGAAAUGGGUGAAACAUAUAUUGUGGACUGGAGUAUUAAUACAAACAUUGGGCCUGAUUUAGCGACCAAGAAACCCUUGAAAUUCGCCUGAAAUCUUGAAAUUUCAAUUAAAAAUUCAAGGAUUUCUUGGUCGCUGAAUAAGGCCCAUUAAAUUGCUUUUGUUGAUGUGGAUGCCAAAGAUUUAUCAUAUUCUUCACGUUGUUUGAAGACGAUGAUGGGGAAAACUCUGUUUGUGGUAUUUGAAGUUCACAAACUUCUUUGGGCAAAGAUUUAGACUUUUUUGACGUUGAAAUGUUUCUCAUCAAUGAAAUUUUUGGGUCUGAUGAUAUGAGGAGGCGCAGGAACACAUCUUCCAUUGUGUCCUCUCGAGACAUCUUUCUCGCAAAAGAGCGACGAUAUUCUUUGAUGUGAUUAUUCCUGCUUUCCAAAGCCUCCUCACUCAUCAUCCCUAUGGGCAACAGGAAUUGUUGUGCCACAAUUGGGCCGUGUAUCAGUAUUUUAUGAGACGUUACUGGCAUUUUGUGCCACCCGUACUCCUCGUUGUAUAGAUCAAAAAUAUUGUCGCAAUAACUUUUGAGAGCAACAGGGUCCACUGGAAAUCCUAAUACAAUAAAAAUUAUAAUUUUCAUGGUAUGGCCAGAAAGACAAGAUAUUUGUAUUAAAGGCUAAGAAAGAAAAAGUAACCUGAGCACAAUGCCGUCAGCAAAAAGUAGCAUUUUUUCAACAGGAUAGAGUUAAACCUAAGGAUCCGGGCGACGGCUUCAUGUUUUUCAAAGAAUCGUCGUGCUACGUUGCCGUCGUUUGAAUUCCCGGAUCCACCAGGCUUAGGUUUAUUCACUCUAAUUCCAAGGGUUUCUUGCAGUUCCCGUUGAAUCCUCCUUUUUGCCUCCUCAUGGAUACUUUUAUGUCGUUCUCGUGGGAUGUUCCUUUUCUCUUCGAUUUCCUGACGUAAAUAUUUCUUUUCUGUCAAAGUCAGGAGGAACCAAUUUGUGAAUCUUAUUCGAGCAUGGAGGCUGGAUAGCUCAAAUUUUAAGGCUUAUUCCUCCACUGCGCUGUAAGAUUUUGAGAUUUCAUGUUUUUCAAUCGUUCCAUUGACGUUCCAAAAAACUGUCAGAAAGAAUUUUAACGUGCCCUGGAAAAUUCAAUUUCCUCCAAAAAUUCGAUGAAAGAGAUAAAAUGUCAAAAAAAAACUUAUACAACUUUUCCCAGAAUACCAAAAAUCGUAUAACUGGCGAAUUGUAAGGAAAAAAAAGAAAAGAUUUAUAUCAGAAUCUACCCAUUAAUCUUAAAAAUCUAUAAAAUACAAAACAGAACCACUGAGGAAGACACGAAAAGUCAAAAGCUGGCCGUAUUCUCCUUGUUGAAUUGAAGUUUUCAGUCUUCUAAGCAAACUAAUGCCAAUGGAGUCGAUUCUGUCAGAAAUCUGUUCUAACAACUUAAAAGUUCUUGUAAGAUUUUGACAGUUAACCGUCCGUAUACUGUGGUGUCGGUCACCUACCCCUCACAGUAUACGGAGGGUUAAAUCGUCGUCGUUCCAAAAAAAAACACGCAGAAUGAUUUGUAAAGAGACAAUAGAAAAUUUAUUUUCAUUUAAAAAUACGAAUAAGCCGAUUAACACUUAGAGGACUUUAAAGAUUUUUAUCAGAAUCUACCCCAAACUGUCAAAAAUUCUAAAGCUUAUAAGAUUUUUAAUAGAAUAUUAAACGCCUUAUCUGACGAAUUGUAAGAAACAAAAAGAAUAGAUUUUUAACAAAAUCGACUUUAAUAUUUUAAAGCAACGAUUUAAAAAUAAUAAUAAUAAUAAUAAUAAUUUUCCUUCUAAUCUUUUAAAACCUGCAAUGAUUAGCCCCUUUCAUUAUUUUUCGCAACAUACAUUCCCCCCAUAAAUAGCUUUAAGACUUUAUCUUAAUCUUUAUGGGGGGUCUCUUGAGAAAAUUGGUGGAAUUUACACAUUUUAAUAUUUUUAUUUUUCUUGGGUCUUUCUUAAACUUGGUCUUCCGAUGUUGGUUAUUGAAGUCUAAUUAUUGAAAUGUAAGAAAAUCACUAGUUAGACGGUUUUAAGCUUUCUUAAGAAAAACUUGAGAAAAGUUAAGAAAACUUAAGAAAAUUAAAGAAAACUUAAGUUUUGUUAAGUUUUUUUUUUUAAAGAAAAUUUAAUAUUUCUUAAGUCAAGCUGAAUUUAUAUUUUUUAUGUAGGUAUUUAAUAAUUUCGAUGUCUUAAUACGAUCAAGAGAAUUGUUAACUUAUCAAUUUAAACAAAGAAAAGCCAUUUUUCAAGGCAAAUUCAAAGAAAGGCGAUUUCUUUCAUUUUCAUAACUUUAUUUUCCGCUAACGAAUUGAGCUGAGGCACUCAAAAGCAUGUCUAAAAAUUACAAUAAUUUUCCCAAAAUGUUUUCUGAAUGAUUUUCCACAAUACACCCCCGGAAAUCCCUCAGAAGCAUUAAGUGCCCUUUAAGCAAUCCUUAAGAAUGCUUGGGAAAUCUUAAGACUAUCUAUCAGUGCAUGAUGACUUGCUUAGAGGGAAUUUUUACGUUUUUCGCGUGAAAAGUCGAAAAUUCUCCAGUAAGAAUUUUCCUAAGCUCAUGGAAAAAAUUGGAAAAACAUUUUCGUGAGUGAUUUUCUUCCGUAAGCUAAAUUUUCUGUUUCUUAAGUUUAAGAAAAUGCUCUUGAUCGUCUUAAGACAUCGAAAUUCUUAAAAAUCAUCAAAAAAUUUAAAUUUAGCCUCAGUUUUCUUAAGAAAAAGUUAGGAAAACUUAAGGUUUCUUAAGACUAUCUGACUAGUGAAUUUAACUCUAUGUCUUUAUACAAUCCCUGAUCAUUUUGUGACCACAACAGGACAUCCCCAAGGACUCACAGGAUCAAGAAGAACGAAAAACCGAAAAUUUUUCUAAAAAUGCCUUAUUUAAACUCAAAGAAACCCCGAAAAAUUAUUUUUCUUUGAUCUUGGACCUGAAAGGGUUAAGAAAAACCCAAAGAAAAAUAAAAACAUUUUAUUUCACUAGCUCCCAAAAGAGACCCCCCUAAUUUAUGAAUUUUUGUGCAAUUCUGGGUAGUUUGAGCUGCCCUUUUUGCCAUACUUUUGUUAUGUGAUAAGAAACGAGCAAAUUGUGCAUUCCUGAUGACUCAAACUUUUUCUUUAAUUUACAUUCUCCUCAAACAAAUUGGUCCAAUGGAAUAUUUUACUCUGCGUUGGAAAAAUACUUAGCCAUUAAGUCACUGAGAAUAUAUCGAUGAAAUAAUAUCACCCGCUUGCGUUGGAGAAAUUCUUAUGCGAGACAUAUCUGAGAUUUAGAAAUUAUUAUAUAGAGGAAAAAGAAAAUAUAGAAAUGCAAUAGAAAGAAAAA